AUUGCCAUCCUCCCUAUAGAGUGGGGUACUGCAGAUCCUCGCUUCUUUCAUCGACUGAGAACAAAGACAAAAUCUAGCAGCUUCUCUGGGAAAAGAAGACAUCCAUGUAACCAGCGUGUGGAUGCAUCAUCACAUAGAGGGCCAUCAGGACAGUCCUGCUGUAGGGGAAGUGCCAUGAUUCUGCUGUGCCUCAACUUGGGGACAUGGUUACUCUUCAUAUCAUCAGCCAAGGCUAGUCCUGCAGAUGAGAGUGCAGCAAGAGGAGGCCACACUGAUCAAGGGGACUCUGCUUUGGAUGAGAAACACCAGGAUACCUAUGGCACAUUCGCUUCUGAAUUUUAUGACUUGAGAUAUCUCUCAGAAGAAGGAUAUCCUUUCCCCACUGCUCCUCCAGUAGAUCCAUUUGCAAGGAUACGUGUGGAUGACUGUGGUAAAACUAAAGGAUGUUUUAGGUAUGGCAAACCGGGGUGUAAUGCGGAGACCUGUGAUUACUUCCUCAGCUAUCGCCGUAUUGGUGCCGAUGUGGAGUUUGAGCUCAGUGCUGACACUGAUGGAUGGGUAGCUGUUGGGUUUUCCUCGGACAAAAAAAUGGGAGGCGAUGAUGUCAUGGCCUGCGUACAUGAUGAUAAUGGGAGAGUACGCAUCCAGCAUUUUUAUAAUGUUGGCCAGUGGGCUAAAGAAAUUCAAAGAAACCCAGCUAGAGAUGAGGAAGGUGUGUUUGAGAACAAUCGAGUGACUUGUCGGUUUAAACGCCCUGUGUACGUUCCCAGAGAUGAGACAAUCGUGGAUUUGCACUUAAGUUGGUACUAUCUGUUUGCCUGGGGACCAGCAAUUCAAGGUUCUAUAACAAGACAUGAUAUUGAUGCCCCUCCGGUCUCAGAGAAUGUUGUGAGCAUUUACCGUUAUGAGGAUAUUUUUAUGCCUUCAGCAGCCUACCAAACCUUCUCUUCUCCUUUUUGUCUUCUGCUGAUUGUUGCUUUGACCUUUUAUCUGCUAAUGGGAACCCCCUAA